AUGUGGCGCUGCGCGCUCGUGCCGCCGUGCCCUGCGCUCCUCGUGUUCACCGACGACGACGCCUACGCCGCCUCCCUCCCCACGCGGAGGUCCUUUGAGCUCACCGCCAUCACCGUCUUCGUGCUCCUCAACCCCGUCGUCGCCGUGGAGAUCCUCCUCCCGCCGCUGAUCUACUACGGGCACGAGGACGGCGUCCGCCGAGUCUGGGUUUCUAAGGUCGUCUUCACCCCGAGCCCCGCCAAGGAUGACUUCGCCGCCGCCGCAAUCUGCGAUUUAGACAGGAUCGCGUACGUCACCGCCGGUGCCAAGAGGUGGGCCGUCAUGGACCCCGUCCGCCUCACCAGCGAGAAGGACCAGCUCACUGACGUGGUAUACACCGACAAAGGUAAGGUCUACUGCCUCACCAAGUGCGGGGACGUUCAUGUGCUCUGUCUCCCUGAGCGCCGUCGCCGGAAGCCUGCCAACGCCGAUGAGGCAGGGCUCUCAUUGUCAUUGCCAAAGUUCUCUUUUCUCCGGCCGUCGCCACCUGUUGGACGAGUGACUAUUCUACGCUCACGGCGUCUGGAACAACAGAACGAUUUUCUAACGGUAGUCCGAACAAGUGAUCAGGAGCUAUUGAUAACGCUCAUCCGGUACAAGGUGGUUCCACCUGAAUCGUCACAAGGACCACACCUAGAUGCGCCGGCCACUGUUGAGCCCCUGUUGCCACUGUUCGACCCUGCCACUGUCUUUGCUCCACCUUAUGACACCGUCUCGGCGUUUACUAGUGCGAAGAACUUGGUGUUCUGUGAGGGCAAUCUGUACCAAGUUUGGAGGAACACAAGCUGCACCGUUACUCUGAAGCUGCCUGCAGGGGGUCAGCACCGUGUCGCGGAAAAUGAGAUAUUGGUGCUGAGGUACUAUCCUCAAUGUCAGUGUUGCUGCUGGGAUGUGGUGAAGGACCUAGGAGGUUACUCAUUUUUUGAGGGAAGCAACAAUGCAGUGUCAAUGUAUGCAGAGGGUGUGCCAGGACUGACGGGCAACUGUGUAUAA